AAAACCAGAGAUAUUCUUCCAAUCCUUCUCAAACUCUUCUUCACUAUUUCCAUUCUAUAAUGAUGAUAUAAAUCUAUAUAUAUACAAUCACAUUCUCAGUGGUCGAUGUUUUGCUUCGAAAGAAGAAGAAGAAGAAGAAGAAGAAGAAGAGUUGUGAAAACAUAGAAGCUUUCCUCUGUUAAAUGCUCUCUCUUCCCAACUCUCUCUCUGCUCCACCUCGUUUCAUGUCUUCUUUCGACGCCUUCCUUUUCCUCUCAACUUCGUUAGGGUACCAGGAAAACAUAAUAUCUUUUCAAUCCCAUUCCGAUUCCACAGGCUUCGUCAAGCUUGUUUUUUUGUGUUCCAGAUGAGUAAUCCUCAGGUAUUUCUUUUUGGCUCGUUCACCGAGGACGAGACUAAGUCCUUGCUUAGGGCUCAGUCAUCCAAGAAUGGUGAAAAGGCUGUCGAGAAGAAGGUUCUGCAAUUUGGAUCAUUGAAUUUUGACUCUGAGCAAUCUUUUGGUGGCCCUAAAUCUACUGACACAUCUAGCACAGAUCAGAAGGGAAAGCCCCAACAUGCCAAGCCUUUGGAUUCACUUAAGAAGGACAAUGUAGUGAAGAGUGCGAAAACAGCACAGGAUGUUCAUAAUCUACCGAAAGAGAAUGGACAUGCUCAUGUUGCCACCCAUGGUUUCCAGGGAAGUAAUGGCGUGAAAGAGUUCCCAAAAGAUAACGUCGGUGCAACUUUUACGCCCGAGUUAGAUGAUGAAGAAGAUGUCUCGAAGAAUGAAUUUUCAAGUCUGAAAUUGCUGAAUGGGAGUGCUGAAGAUUCAUCAGUACCUUUGUCUAAGGAAGAACCCAAGAAGGCCUCUAUUGGACCGGUUAUUCCUGCUAUCCACUUACUUCCGCACGGGUUAAUAAACUCGGGGAAUUUGUGUUUUGUCAAUGCAACCGUGCAGGCUCUCCUAUCCUGUUCACCUUUUGUUCAUCUUCUGCUGGAGCUAAGAAAUCAAAACCUUCCUAAGGAUGGCUAUCCCACCUUGACUGCGUUUGUGGACUUUGUCUCUGAAUUUGACAUGCCAAUUGGUUCAAACUUGAAGAAGAAAGAUACCAAUGUUCUUGAUAUUGGCAAGCCCUUUAAGCCUGUCAUGUUUGAAGGAGUUUUGAAGAACUUCACUCCAGAUAUUUCUUGUGGCAUAUCAGGAAGGCCAAGACAGGAAGAUGCACAGGAGUUUCUCAGCUCUGUCAUGGAUAGAAUGCAUGAUGAACUACUCAAGCUUGAAGGACAACGCUGGACUGCUGUUGGGAGUAAAUCAUCUGUAGUAUCGUCUUCAGAAGAAGAUGAAUGGGAGACAGUUGGCCCAAAGAACAAAUCUGCAGUGACAAGAACACAAAGUUUUGUUCCUUCGAAACUAAGUGAAAUAUUUGGAGGACAAUUGAGAAGUGUGGUGAAGGCAAAAGGAAACAGAGCUUCUGCUACUGUUCAACCAUUUCUAUUGCUCCAUCUUGAUAUUCACCCUGAAGCUGUACAUACUAUUGAGGAUGCACUUAAGCUGUUUUCUGCACCAGAAACUCUCGAGGGCUAUCGAACAUCAACGACUGCGAAGGGAGGUGUCGUGACUGCAAGUAAAUCAACUAAAAUCCAAUCACUUUCGAAGAUAAUGAUACUGCACUUGAUGCGCUUUGGUUAUGGAAGCCAAGGAAGCACUAAGUUGCUCAAGCCUGUGCAUUUCCCGCUUGAGUUGGUCUUAAGCCGUGAAUUGCUCGUUUCUUCAUCUACUGAGGGCCGAAAAUAUGAACUUGUUGCUACAAUAACUCACCAUGGGAGAGAGCCAUCAAAGGGGCACUAUACUGCAGAUGCGUGCUAUGCGAAUGGUCAGUGGUUGCGGUUUGAUGAUGCGUCUGUAACACCAAUUGGCACGAAUAAGGUCUUGCAUGAUCAAGCAUAUGUCCUUGUCUACAAACAAUUAUAGAUGGCUAAUGAGAAGUUUUUGUCAUUAACUUCCCUCUAAGAGGGGAUUUGUCUCAUUAAUGAUGGGGCUGAUCUGCUUACACUAAUUAAAUGUCAUGUCAGGGCCAAAAUUUUGGCAUAUAGCCAGUGUGUAGCAAAGGAGCUAGACAAGUUAUGGAAAUUUGAAUGUGAUUAUUUAUUCAAGUUUUAUGUCUUGUGAUUUUGUAAGUAUACAAAUAAAGCUUGAAAGGCGAAGAUGUAGAAAAUGAAUUGAGAGGCCGUCAUGAAAGAGGAAAAAGAAAAAG